CGGGAGCCACCCGAGGUGAUAUAAGCUGGACUCCAACACAAUGACGCCAUCAAAACUCUGUAGCUCCUGUGAAGGACGAACGUAGUAUCGGAGAUCAGACACAGAGCCAGCGCCAUGCCCAGAGGAAGCCGGAGCAGGACCUCCCGGGUGGCCCCUCCAGCCAGGUAACCGAUACAGGGUGGCUGCUAGCCCGCUCGGCCUCUCACUGUGUGCCGGGGCUUAUUAAUAUAGCGAGGCCUGGGCUGUCAGAGCAGUCACAUGUCACUCAGGGCUGGAUUAUCUGCUCCAGGCAGACUGUGCUGAUAUACAGCCAUCAUAGGGCUCCAAUAGAACUCUAUCUGCCAGAGCAUCACGGGAAAUGUAGUCCUCAGCAGCCAGAGGGUCAGAGCUUAGCCCUCACUGUUACACAACAUGUAGUGAGUGAUCGGUGUGGCUGCAGGGAGAUUGGCCAAGUUAAAUACUAAUAGUGGUUAUGGUUUAGUUAAAAGAACACUCUGAGGUCACAUAUUAACAUGGUUUAGUUAAACAUUUGGAUUCUUUAUUUCUUCUUAUAUCUCCUCAUUAAAAACUAAACAAAGAAUGAAGAAAUUAAUUAAUCUGUAAUCCAGCACCAGUGUCAGUCUCCCCUCAGCCUCCUAGCGUACUUUACUAAGCUAGAUCGUCCAGUCCAAUGCUUUUUAUAGAGAAGCGUUUGAGACCUGCAACUCAUGCGCUACUGACACUGGUUGCAUACAGCGCUUGGUGAGGACGUUAAAAUGACGAGGGCUGUGAGACAGAAAUUAGAGGUGUGGUUUAGGCAAAAUGUAAACAUUGCACUUUAAAGUAAAUUACGAAAGGUACAGGAUCUGUACCUGCACCCCGACCAUUUUAUGAAAAGGAUUCUCAAAGUAUCAGAACCAUUACAGCUUAGUGUAGACGUUCUUUUGCAAAGAGACUGUCCCUACAAUCUCUCAAUUGUAAACACUGCAAAAAGGCAGCGUGUUCAUUGAGCGAUAAGGAUACCUCUAGCGAUUGUCACUCAGGCAGCCGCUAGAUGCAUUCCUUUCUUGCAGAACUGACGCUCAACACCUUAAAUGUCUUUAUGAAGGUGCUGCAUGCUCCCCACAAAGAUGCAUUUCUAUGUGGAGAUGUUGAUUGGUGUAGCUUGGUAAUUAUUGCGCUUACACAAUUAUGUUAUUUAUAAAGCGUCAACAAAUUCCGCAGUGCUCUACAAUGGGUGGACUAAUAAACAUGUAGUUAGACAUGUUUGGACACACAGGAAUAUAGGGGUUGAGGGAUCUGCUCAAUGAGUUUACGUGCUAGAGGGAGUGGGGUAAAGUGACACAAAAGGUAAGGAUAGUAAUUAUAGAUGCAAGAGAGGAAUCAGUGGGGAGCUAUUAACAGUUUAAUUGAUACGCUUUUAUGAAGAAGUGGGUUUUUAACAAUAACGCCUGCCCCCACCCACCAAUCCCCAUUUAUUGGGAAACAUUGGAUUAGCAGUGAUCACUGUCAUGGAUAGAAGUAAGAUGAGGCAUGUACUCUAGUUAGGUAUGUACUCUAACAUAAAGGUUUUAGUGCUCCUUUAAAGGGAUUCUAUAGUGCCCUCCUCCCGCGGGGUUGAAGGGUUUAAAAACCCCUUCAGUCGCUUACCUGAAUCCAGCGCCGAUACUCCUAGGUGCUGGGUCAGGCUCCGCCCAUGCUCCUCCCUGUCCGGCAGGGGAGACCUAAUGCGCAUUUGCAGCAAUGGUCGUGCUCCUAUUAGGAUUUCCCCAUAGACAGCCACUAGAGAAAGAGUUAACCAUUUCUCAGAAACUACAAUUAUUACCGCUGUAAGGGACAUGGGAUGUUGCACCCAGACCACUUCAAUGAGUUGAAGUGGUCUGGGUGCCUACAGUGUCCCUUUAACUUUGACAAAUAUAUAUAUAUUUGUGUGUGUGUAUGUGGACAGAGUGUUUGUCAAUUUUACUAUGAACAUGUAAAAACAUCCAAUAAUUGGCAAAUUAACCCCUUAAGGAUGGAUCCAAUUAUACAAGUUGUGAUCAAAACAUAAACAAAACCUGGAAUUAGCACUAGAUAUCUGUUCAACCGUAAUUCAUUUCUUUCAUAUUAAAUGCACCCACACGUAUUAUAUAUGUGUAUAUAUAUCAUUUUGUUCUGGAGAAAACAGAAAUUUUUACUUACCGUACAUUCUUUUUUUUUCUUAAUAUGGUGGCAGUACAUGUGGGUUUUGCCACUUUCCUGUGGACAAGCAUCUAACAAGAUUAAUUAAAUCAACAAACCCCUCCCCCUUGCCCUAUAAAAGGGCUAUCUGGCAAAACCUACCUCAGUAAGUAGCAAGAAAAAACCACAGAUAAAAUACUGUAAUCAAGAAAAUGUAAUAUAGAGGGAGGGAAGCUGUACUGCCACCAUAUUAAGAAAAAAAAUUUUACGUUAAAUAAAACUUCAUUUUUUUUCUGUCAUAUGGUGGCAGUACAUGUGGGAUAUAGCAAGAUCCCCAACCCGGGUGGGUCCAAUGUCACACCAGGUCGCAACCUUUACGUCCAAAGACCGUUUCAGAGGAUGAGAAUAUCUCUAGCCUGUAGAGUUUAAUGAAAAUGUGGAAAGGCAGCCCAAGACGGUGCCUCACAGAUGUCCACUGGAAGAAACAAGAGCUCUUACUGCCCCUGAGGCAGCCAAUAUCCUAAGUGUAAAGAGCCGUGAGAGAAACUGGAACUUGAAGACCACAGUGAGAAAACUGCCAACCUACUCACUCGUCUGAGUCAAUUGAAACAAAGAAUUGCAGGAAGCACCGUAUCCUUGUAAUUUUUAUUGGAGGAUAACAAACAGAUGGCCAGAAUACCUGAGCUCUUCAGUCCUCGAAGAGAGAUAUUGCAAUGCUCCUUUUAGAUACAAGAAAAAAAUAUUUAAGCCCCAGAGGAGAGGUGGCAUAACCACCAAAAGGAAAGCAGAAACAAACGGUGACUCGUAGUACAAACCCGUAGGAAAAAAAAGAAAGGUUUAGGGUGAAGAACCACCGUGUCCACGAGCAAUACUGAAAAAAAAAAAAAAAAAAUCAUCUGGGGAGGAAAAUGACUGAAGCUCACUGAACCUUCUAGCCGAUGUGAUGGCCCCCAAGAAGGUGGUCUAGAGCAGUGUUUCCCAACCCAGUCCUCAAGACACACCUACCAGUCCAGGAUUUAGGGAUUACCCAGUUGUGUCUAAGGUGUUUUUUUUUCUUCUUUGUAAAAACACCUUAGACACAACUGGGUAAUCCCUAAAUCCUGGACUGGUAGGUGUGCCUUGAGGACUGGGUUGGGAAACACUGGUCUAGAGGAACAAAACAUGUAAGGGAAACCUUUUAACAGGAUCGAAAGAUUGUUACCAAGAGCCAGUAAAAUUAAAGGAUAAAUCCCAGGAAGGAAAAACAGAACUCUAGGAGGAUGUCUGGACCUGGCAGAUUACAAAAAACCUUAAGCUUAACAUAUGGAUGCAAAAUCUUAUUUCAGCAGGAUUCUCAUGAUUGAGGCCUGAACCUCAAAGCAGAAAUCAUUGAAGCCUGCAGAAAAAAUAUCCUGAAGACAUUAAAGCAUGGGUCUACAGAUGGAUGAACACACUGGCAGUGGUGUUCCCAACACCAAUUAAAAAAAAAAAAAAAACCCUUUUUAGAAAGUAGACCUUUUAAAGCAGGAAAUCUAGUUGAUCAAAGCAACACAGCCAAAACUACCUUCUUGCAGACCUAGAUGAUGAAGAAGUAACUUAGCAAUAGCCAGGCCAUUAACCUGGACCUCUACAGAACCACUAGAGUAGAUUCCUAUUCAUCAUGAGAUCGUUCGAGAUUGGAAGCUACCACUGUGUGGAGGCCAUCUUCUUGAACGUCGGGAACCAGAACCUCGUAUGGCCAGAAUGGAGUAAGAACCAGGAUAAGGCUCCGACAGCCCUAAUGUUCAAAGACAACUUGGAAAUAGCGGAAGAAAGACGCAUGCCAGCCUGACAUUACAUUACAAUGAGUGUUUUUGGCUUGCCAACAGGGCCAUGUCUGUAACACCAAAUUUCCUCUCCAGAUUGUAAAAAUUACAAGGAUCAAACUUUCUGAUUCCAAUUUCCUUUUCUGAGCUCGACGGCUAUGUCAUUGUCAAUUGAACUGCCGAAAUAUCUACUAGAUAAUUUUGCACCUCAGCAAGAUAACCGCAUGCAGGCGAGAAAGAGCGCCUACUCUGGUUCCUCUCUGCCGGUUGACGUAUCAAAAACUUUGUACAAGUGUCCGUAUGAAUCUUUACGGCUUUCCGCCGUAUCCAUGGACUGAAGAGAUGAAGGGCAGGAAGUACAACUUUAAACCCGAAAUCUGCGGAUUCUCCCUUAACCAUUACCACGAAACAUGUGACUAGAUAAGAGCAUCUGUAGUGAUACCCAACAAGAUCAUUAGACGGAAGACAAGCCUCCUGAAAGGAACUCUAUCUAAUUCAAAAAACUGAUCCGCUACAACCAACUCCCUUACUUUUAUGAUAGGGGAGAGAAAACCAACAAUGUGUUUGACUUGAACACUAGAUCUAGGAACUCUUUUGAAUAAGAACUAGAAUUUAUUGAUUGCCGGUAGAAUCGUCAGCGUCACAGAAAUGUUUCCCUCUGUUUGCUCCGUCUGAUCUCCAAUAAAUUUUUUUCUUUUACAAAAAUCGCCAUUUUUUACACAUUUACUUUCUUUAGAAAGUACAGCGGCCACACUCUGUAAUCUCCUGUUUCAAAUUAUCGGAAUUUGCUCAGUAUAUUCUUAGUCUCUAAAUUGUGUUAAAAUUUUCUUCAAGUGAGACCCAAACAGCUUCUUCUUACCCAAGGGAAGCUCACAAAGGACCGAUUUUGAUGCGGUAUCAAUCCUCUAUGAUCUCAACCAUAAACUACCAAACAUCCACAGUCAUAAAGAGAAAAGGGGAUUUACCUUUGACAACUGCAAAUUCUGGAACGAUUGGAGCAGAGGUUAAUCCUGUCUCCAGGAAUUAUGUUCUGCAGUGCGUUGAGCAAAAAAAGGAAAACAAAAACAAACCAAAAAAACAAUAUCUCCGGUUAUGGCAGCUCCUGCUAGUAAAGCUGUCUGAUAGGUUUGCCCUGAAAUCACAUACCUUGUGGGUGUCUCUUAACCGUCCAUAACGCCCCGAGAUAUCAGUCACAUAUACGGAAUCUGUUCAAACAGAAAGCAUACCUAGUCAACAUGUGCUAUAUACCAAGGUUACGCAGCUCCUGUGGAUACAUAUACCGAGGCGGCGUCCUCACAGAAGCUCAUAUAUAGAGCCUAAUAAGGAUACAUGAACUGAGGCAGUAACCUCCUGGUAACUCAUCCAUAGAGCAUCGAGUGAAGACAUAUACUGAGGCCCUGUCUUCCCAGUACCUCAUACAUAAAGCAUAUAGAGGAUACAUAUACAGGAGGUUAUGUUCUCAUAGUAACUAUAGCCUAGGGCAUUAUACUGAGGCUGUGUUCUCAGAACUCAUACAUAAAGUAUAUAAAAGGUACAUCUACCGAAAAACUGAACCCUCAUAGAAACUCAUAUAUAGCGCAUAUAAUGGCUACAUCUACUGAAGCAAAGUCCUCACAUAAACUCGUCAUAUAGUGGAUACAUAUACAGAGGCUGUGUCCUCAUAAUAACUCAUACAUAGAGCAUAUCGUGGGUGCAAAAAAGGUACAUCUACCGAAAAACUGAGUCCUCCUAGUAACUCAUACAUAACGCCUAUAGUGGCCACAUAUACUGAAGCAGAGUCCUCACAUAAACUCGACAUAGAGUAUAUAGUGGAUACAUAUACAGAGGCUGAGUCCUCAUAAUACUCAUAGCAAAUAGGGCCAUGUCUGUAACACCAAAUUUCCUCUCCAUACUGAGUCCUCACAGUAACUCCUAAAUAGAGCAUAUACGGAGGCUGAGUCCUCCUAAAAACUCAUACAUAGCGCAUAUAAUGAAUACAAAUACUGAAGCAGAGUCCACACUUCAACUCGUCAUAGAGCAUAUAGUGGAUACAUCUACUGAGGCUGAGUCCUCAUAGAAACUAUACAUAGCGCAUUAAGUGGAUACAUAUCAAGGCGUCAUAGAACAUAUAGUGGAUACAUUUAUAGAGUUUUUGUCCUCAUAAAAACUCAUACAAAGAGGCUAUAGUGUGUACACAUACUGAGGCUGAGCCCUCAUAGAAACUGGUGCCUGGAAUCCCUCUCACCUUUAGAUUACGCUGUCUUGCGUUAUCUUCCAGCUGCUCCACUUUGGCACUCAGUAAUGUGCACUGGUCGGUUAGGUCUUGGUCUUUGGGUUGCAGUUGUGUAAGUCUUAGGCCUUUAAUGUCGUCUUCUGUAGCUUGAAUGCUGCCAGACAGUGUGCCAAGUUCUUUCUUUAGUAUGCCUAUCUUAGAUGCAAAAAAGACUAAGGUUGGCCACCAUGGUGUCUAAAUACUGUUUGGUGGCUACUGGAGGUUCCCUUCUGACAAGUGACAAGGCUCGGUUGCCCCCAGCUGAGGUAACAGCUUGUCUUUCUCGUCAGAGUCUGGGGAUAAUCCUCGAGGUAGGUCUGGGAAUGUGUCCGCCAUCUUGGGCCUUGGAGGUCAUGAGAGGAGUAGUCCAAUAUCGUGGAUUUGUCCUCCGCUAGACCCUCAAGACUUUCGGAACUGUUUCUGCAUAGCAUUCUCAGAGUGGUGCUGUUGGAAGACAGAAGUCACUCUUUUUUGCAGUAAGGUAUCGCUUUAAUGCAGGCCGCUUGCCAGAGCUCAGGACUCAUGCGGCUGAUCAGAGUACUGGCAGGCUGCUGCGCCCCCUAGGUCAGGUUUUUUGUUUAGUUUUUUCUUUUAACUUCCUGACCAGUUUUUCUCUUUAGUAGUACAGAAAAAUAUAUCUUGUUUAUUUUUCAAAAAAAUACAUUACGGUAAAAUAUGGCAUGUAGUAAAGUAUAGUGACACUUUAAGUAACUAUAAUGACACUGUCAUUAAGAUGAUUAAUGCAUUCAUCCAAAAUGGUCACGUGUUAAGUACUGUGGCCGUGCCCCCCACCCUUGGCUUAGUAAUAGUGAAACUAUAGUUUACUGGCUGCCAUAUAUUUUUUUUGUAAUAAUAAAGAAGAUAUAUUUUUCCUACACCUUUGUAUCAACUCCGCUUUGAGUGCAAAGAAUAUUUCAUUUGUGCAAUUUCAAUUUUUAGAUGACCCUAUAAUUGCAGUGUGGAGAGAUGCCGCAGGAGCAGUGAGUACAAAUUAUGUGGCUACAUGGAAUGUAUAACAUAUAGUUACGGAAGUACAGAUGGACUUGUUUGCUGUGUAUGACAUAAGGUUCUCUCUGUAUCGACCUACUAUUGUGAUAUUUUCAGGGGUAUGUGUAGGUUAGAACCAGUGCUGAGCUGUGGACAAUGUGUUUUUGCCAUGGAUCUCUGGCGUGGUUCAUAAAUACACAGUUUAUUUGGUGAAAUACAGAUGUACAACUUGACUAUUUUUUAAUCUACUUAACAUACACUUGUUAUGACUAACAUGACUUUGUGCCUCACUGUAGAUGGCAAAAUUAUACACUUUGCAAACGUGCUUGUGAAUGAAAAUAUAGAAACACAUAACAUGGCAACUUUAAUUCUAUUUCUACAGCCGGGCACCUGUAAUGAGGUCAGCACCACCUCCUGCAGCUCGUCCACCUGCCCCUGUAGCUGCAGCUCCUUCAGCAGUUGGACCUGUAGGGGCACCCAGGCAACCAGGUCUGAUGGCACAGAUGGCUACCACAGCUGCUGGAGUGGCAGUGGGCUCUGCUGUGGGACACACACUUGGGCAUGCCAUUACAGGAGGUUUUGGUGGAGGAAGCAGUUCAGAGCCAGCAAGGAACGACAUCACUUAUCAGGUAAUAUAAAUAUACUAAAAUAUUUGCUUGAUGUUGUAGGUACAAAUACCAAAAUGUUGUCAGGCAAACUCUAGUGGAAAUAAUUACAAAAAGAUAAUAGAUUUGCCAUUUAUGUGGACUUUAUUAGACUUCGGCAUCUUUCCUUUUUUUUUUUUUUUUUUAAAGAAUGCAGAUUUGUCUGAAUUUCGUGCAGUUCAUUUGUACAAAACACAAAUUAAGUAAUUUCAGCUUGCUCAAAAUGAUAGAAAACAAAGUUAUCGUAGACAUGUGCAUGCACAGCUCAUAUUCAAUCCUGUAGUUCACUUCUAGGUGCUAAUUGCAGCACCCGCUUUUUGUACAGGGUUAGUGUUUAUUAGCUUGAGCUAUCCUCUGACAAUGAGUGCAAAACUUGGAUCAUAUUGAUAUUGCCAAGUAGGAAAUGUUAAAUCCAGCUGUCUGACGUAGGACUGUGUUUACUAUCCCUGCUAUUGCAUGCUGCAUUGCUGUAUAUUUAGUUGGUUUGCACUAUUUUUUUUUCCCAAAAAAAAUUUCAAUAGUGCCUGCAAGUAUUAUGCACUGAACUUCUCUUUUACUUUAUUAGUACUGGAUGGAUUCAUGGUUCUCCUAAUUUACAUAUUUUUUCUUAUCUAAUAAUGUAUCCUUUAUUUACUGAUAUUCACAGGAACCAGCUCCUUCACAGCCAGUGUAUCAGCAGCAGCAGCAGCCCCAGUAUACACCCUGCCAGUACGAGCUCAAGCAAUUCUUAGAGUGUGCUCAGAACCAGAGUGACCUGAAACUAUGUGAAGGAUUCGGAGAGGUGCUGAAACAAUGCCGCUUUGCAAAUGGUGAGUUUCCAUGCAUUCAUAAGUAGAUACAGUAGAAUCACAUACUACGGUGAAAUUUAUUAAAGCAAAAACCUGUGGCAUUCUGAGGCAAAUUGAAAAUAGGGAGCAAUCACAAUGCAAACCAGUAGAAUAUCUUAACAUGUCGCACCAGUUUUGCCUUUUAAAAUCUCUCCAUACAAGCUCUGUUUUCAUUCUGUUACUGACACAAAGCAAUUUGCAUCGUGGCGCCUAUUGAGUCCCUUUAAUAUAUAAAGGAUAAACUACACAGUGUUACAACUUCACAAAAUCUGGAAGGAGCAGAGAUAUUGUGAAGCUGAAACAGUUGCUGCUUCACGGAAACUCUGCUCCUGACAGAUCUUAUAUAGAUUGACUUAAUUUAGUACAUGCGGGGAAUCACAGAAGCUGUGCUCUGACUCACUAGAGCAAACCAAAACUGUGAGUUGAGCCUUAAUGAGGCAUGCGCCUGCCGCAACUGCAGACCUCACGUUCCCACAAACUUGUCUUGCCCAGCUGUUUGCACCAUGGCAUGGCUAAAUAUAAAAAAAAAAAAAACCCAAAAAAAACCUUCCCGGGUGUCAGGCGAUAAGAAUUCCACAUGCCUGCAUAUGGAAUUGUUGUACUUAAUGUGAAUAUUUCGGUAAAUGAAAUUUGCAAAAAGGGUUAGUUUUAUUUUUUCUAUGUGGUGUGUGCAUUGGGGGUUUAUAUUAUCAACCACAUUAGGGAAAGUGGUUUAUCCCGUCAUUUGCACAACGCUGUUGUGUGAUCCUAUAUCCAUUAAAUAUUUCAAAGUAACCUUGGUUGUGUAGAGUGACGGGGCAAGUAUGUUUGUCGACAUAAGGAUCUAAUUAUCAUAUUGCCAAGUAUAUUGAAAUUGUUUUCUUUGAUUGCAAAACUGUGUAUGCCCAAAUCUUGUAAUCUUUUAUUUAAUGAUCUUCUUGUGCAUCCUUCUUUCUAGGCUUAUAAGUGCAUUUGCUAAGAGAUAAUAGGAUACUCGCAUUGAGGAGGAGAAGCUUUGGAAUCAACAGCAUGACCCAGACAAACUAUAACAAGAUUCUACAGUCAUUCAUUGAAUGGUUACGCCAUUGGCAAUUAGUAGUAAUUAUGCCUAUUGAUACAGGAGAAAAUGACGGGUAGGGUUUGCACACAUGCAACUGACGCACAACUGUAAAAGAGUGGACCAGAGAGAAAGAUCUGUUUCACAGGAUAUAUGUAUGUCACUAGGCUGUCUUUCCUUUUUUUUUUUUUUUUUAUUUAAAUAAAUUCUUUUCCAAACUCUUG